UCUCAUCUCCCUAUUCAUAUAUACAUACUCUCUAGAGAGAGAAAGAAGAUUGCAAUAUUUUCUUGAAAAACAAAAAUGGGAAGGCCACCUUGUUGUGACAAAGUUGGUGUCAAGAAAGGACCAUGGACUCCUGAAGAAGAUAUCAUUUUGGUUUCAUACAUCCAAGAACAUGGUCCUGGUAACUGGAGAGCUGUCCCUACUAAUACUGGGUUGCUUAGGUGCAGCAAAAGCUGCCGACUGAGAUGGACUAACUAUCUCCGCCCGGGUAUCAAACGUGGAAACUUUACCGACCAAGAAGAGAAGAUGAUUGUUCAUCUCCAAGCCCUUCUUGGCAAUAGAUGGGCAGCCAUAGCUUCAUACCUUCCUCAGAGGACCGACAACGAUAUCAAGAAUUACUGGAAUACCCAUUUGAAGAAGAAGCUGAAGAAGGUUGAAGGGUCAAGUGAGGAUGGGCAAGAUGGGAAUUCUUCAUCUUCUUCUCAUCAGUCAAUCUCAAAGGGGCAGUGGGAGAAAAGGCUCCAAACUGAUAUCCACAUGGCCAAACAAGCCCUAUGCGAUGCCCUUUCCAUCCACAAACCGGCAACCCCUGAACCGUUUCAACCGGUCCAUGCCCUGAACCCGCCGGUCCAACCCUCCUCUGGCUCUACUUACGCAUCAAGCACAGAAAACAUAGCUCGAUUGCUCCAAACCUGGACGAAGCCGGUUCAAAGCCGGUCCAAUUCGGAGACCACAAUCCAGAGUUCGUUGAACAACAACCCAUCCCUUGGACCCGGUUCAAGCUCCAGCCCGAGCGAAGGCACGGCCUUGAGCUCUGCCGCGUUUGAUCAGACCGUUUUUGGCUUCAACUCUAAUAUGGACGAAAAUAACCCUUGGGUUUUCCCCAUUGAAAGCAAGCCACAAAGCGUGGCUCCCCAAAAUGGUAACACCUCAAAUAAUUUAGGGACACAAUUGCCCCUCACUUUCCUGGAGAAGUGGCUUCUUGAUGAUGCUAAUAAUGUCCCAGCACCAGAUGACUUAAUGGACAUGGGAAUGGGAAUUGACUUCUUUUAAUUUUC